AUGUCUUUACAGGAAAAGCUCGACAAGAUACGCUCGCCGAAGCUUCAGAAUCAAAAACAGACUGCAAUUGUAUUGUCUGCGGUUGAAGAUACACUUAAAGAUCAAAAAACAGAAGCCACUCCAACUGGAUAUUUCGCCGCAUUAUUGGCACUCUUAAGACAGGCUUGUCCUCAAGAUGGAGAAGUUAACAAAGAUUUAACAACUUCUGUUGUAUAUUUACUCGAUAUCAUUACACCUUUUGCCCCGCAACCACUCCUCCGAUCAAAAUUUACUCAAAUUCUCACAAAUCUCGGUCCCGCCCUUAUAUUACCAGAAGCAGAUGCCCCUCUCCUCAGACCUUCGAUAGGAUGUCUCGAAUCAUUAUUACUCGCACAAGAUUCCACGGCAUGGGAAUUGGAAGUCAUGGCAAUUGGGCCCAGAAGAGCCAUUGCUGGAUUAUUAAAUUUCGCCGUGGAUCACAGACCUAAGAUCCGAAAGCGUGCGCAAGAAGCACUUGCAAAUAUUCUGAAGAAUCCUCCGCCAAGUCCUUCUCUCGAUCAUCCUGCAGCGGAUAUGUGUGCGGAAACUGCUUUGAGAAGUUUGAGCGAUUUGGCGGCCCAAUCGCAUCAAGCCAGGAAACAGAGAAAGACCAGCGCAACUGCGGAACAUGAACCAGCUUUGAUCCACGCAUUACAAUUAGUUAAGACUGUUGCAGGAGCAUCUGGAGGAUGGCCAAGUAAGAAGAUUGAGGCAUUGUGCGAGGUCUUGUUGAAUAUUUCGAAAUCGAGCAAUGAAUAUUUGGCGAUGACUUCGUUCGAAGUAUUCGAGAUGAUAUUUGAGGGUAUGGCAAACGAAACCGCGACCUCGAAGUUACCUCGACUUUUAGAAGUGAUCUCUGAAUUGAGACCUUCUCAAAACGAUUCUCAACUCUUACCUCCUUGGAUUGCUGUAUUAUCGCGGGGUUAUGAUGUUUCCGCUCAAUUGGAGCCAGAGGAGACUUUUGCACAAUUACCUGAACUUUUCACAAUGAUCUCUGGAUUCAUGUCAUCUUCAUCGCACAGCAUUCGAGUAUCUGCUUCUGAAUGUUUGAUUUCAUUAAUGGCAAAUUGCGUCCCAGACUCAGUUAUUGCAGAGCCUUCGAUUUUUGAUGAGAAAGUCCUCGAGAAGUUGGCAAAGUGUGCAAUUGAUCUCUUGAGUGUUAAGUAUCAAGCGGCUUGGAUGGAAACUUUCAAUGUCAUGGGUUCCAUGUUUGACGCUUUAAGAUGGAGAGCAGACCCAAUUUUAUCCGAAGUCGUUCGCGCAAUUGGCGAGCUCAGAGGUAGCGAGUCUUUCGCUGGCAAAAAGGAAGCGGAUGAAAUCCUUGGAAAAGCUAUCAGAGCUAUGGGGCCAGAGAGAGUUCUUAGCAUUUUACCUCUCAAUCUCAUCAAACCAAAAGCUGGACAACCUGGACGCGCCUGGAUGUUACCUAUUCUACGAGACUAUGUCAGUAACACGAAUCUUCAACAUUUCCGAACCGAACUCGAGCCAUUGAGCCAAGCAAUGCUACAAAGAGUCAGCGAUCACGGAGCUGCUGAAAAGACAAUGGAUAUCAAGAUCUUCGAAACUAUUGUCAAACAGAUCUGGGCCAUUCUUCCUGGUUAUUGCGAUUUGCCAUUGGAUCUUACUGAAGCUUUUGAUAUCAAAUUUGCGGAAAUACUCGUUAACAUUUUAUACGGACAAGUUGAUCUACGUUCAGAUAUUUGCAGAGCUCUCCAAACUUUGAUUGAGUCUAACCAAGCAAUUAUUGCCAUUGAAGGAGAAGAAGACUUGCUCCUGCAGAGCCGUGUUUCAAAGGCCGUUGCGCAAAAGAACAUUGAGCACUUAGCUACUUUCGCCAGCAAUAUGCUUUCUGUUUUGUUCAACGUCUACAAUGAAACAUUACCACAAUACAGAGGUUUCAUUUUGCAAUGUAUCAACGCAUUCCUUAGCAUCACCCCUACUCAAGAACUUAUGGAGACAUUCGAACGGGUUAGUCAGGCAUUAGGGACAUCGCUCGCUGAAGCUGGUGCUCAGACUCAAGCAGAGAAGCAAAAGCAAAGACAACAAAAUGCGGCUAACAAGAUGCCACCCACGAGUCACAGUCUCAUGGAUUUGGUAAUCACAAUCUCCAUCUACUUACCAAGAGAUAGUUUCAGCACUCUUUUCAAUAUGGCAGCUCUUAUUAUUAUCAAGGAUGAUGAUCCUCAACUUCAGAAGAAGGCUUAUAAGCUCAUUCCUCGUCUUGCUGAGUCGGAAACUGGAAAGGCCGCAUUACAAGAGCGUAGCACUGAUCUUCAGGAGCUCCUUUUGAACAGUUCCGAGAAGGUAUCCACACCAGCAAAGCGUGAUCGCCUUGCUGCUAUCUCCGUUCUUAUUCCUUUCCUCCCAGCCGACUCUCUUCACUUCAUCCCAGCUAUCCUAUCCGAGGUCGUCAUCUCAUGUAAGGAGACAAAUGAGCGUGCUCGAACUACAGCUUUUGAUCUCCUCAUUCUGAUGGGAGAGAAAAUUGCUUCAUCUUCUGGCGCCAUUAUCGACAAUAGCAAGGUAUCUCACAUGCCCGACGAUGCACCAUCUGUAACGGCAACCAUCGAGGAAUACUUUACCAUGGUCAGUGCCGGUCUUGCCGGUAGCACACCUCACAUGGUAUCUGCGUCUAUCACUGCUCUCACCCGUAUCCUGUACAACUUCCGUGAAUCUCUAUCCCCUGAAACUGUUAGCGAUCUCGUCCAAACUAUGGACCUUUUCCUCACAUCCAACAAUCGUGAAAUCGUCCGCAGUGUCCUUGGCUUUGUCAAAGUCUGUGUCAUUUCUCUGCCUUCUUCUCUUGUGCUUCCACGUCUUGAAAGUCUCAUUCCUAAUCUCAUGGUCUGGAGUCAUGAGCAUAAAGCUCAUUUCAAGGCAAAGGUUAAGCACAUUCUCGAACGUAUGAUUCGUCGCUUUGGUGUUGAGAUUGUCAACAAGUAUUGUCCAGAAGAAGACAAAAAGCUCAUUACCAAUAUCCGCAAGACUCGCGAGAGAAGAAAGAGAAACAAGGAUGCUGCCAAGGAAGCAGGCGAAGACAGUGACGAGGAGGGAACUGGUGGAAAGAGAAGAAACAGAUUCGAGAACGAAUAUGAUGAGGCUCUUCACGGAAGCGAUUCCGAAUCUUCUGGUUCUGAUGUUUCAGAUGAUGAAGUCCUCGGCAAAUCAAGAAAGAAGGGCGGCAAGAAGGCUGCUGGCGGGAACCAAUAUAUCGUGGAAGAUGAUGAUGAGCCACUUGAUUUGCUUGACCGCAAAGCACUUGGUAGUAUCUCAACCACCAAACCUGUAAAAGCGCGAACAAUUACGAGAACAAAGGCAAAGGUGGACUUGGAUGGAAAGUUGUUGCUUGGAGGUAAUGAUAGUGAUGAUGAUGAUCAAAUGGUUAUCGAUACUCCGGCAGAGGAAGAUGGUGGUGUGGGCGCUUAUGUUCAUGCAUUGAAGGGUAGAGAUGCGCCGAAGAAGGGUAGAGGUGGAAGACUUAAGUUCAGUAACAGGAAGGGACAGGAUGAGGAUGAUGAAAUGGACGUUGAUGAGGAUGAGGUGAAGGCUGUCAAGAAGAGCAUUGGUGGGGAUAGGGAGAGGGGAAGGGGUGGAAGAGGAGGUGAUAGAGGACGAGGCGGAAGGGGUGGUGGCAGAGGAGGCUUUAAUGCUGGAAGGAGAGGUUUGGGUGAGGAGAAGAGAUCAGGUGGGGGUGGUGGAGAUCGUAGUGGAAGGGUUAUGAAGAGUCCUAGGGGUAGAGGAAGAGGGAAUAGUCAUCCAAGGAGAUAA